AUGGGGGGAGCAAGUUCUCGAUUGGACCAAACGCAAUGGUGGAAUGCCGAUGGGGAGCUGAGCAAAAAGAUUAAACAAUCGGAGAAAAAUCAUCCCACCAUUUUACCGGCUGUAGAACCAACGUCAACCUUGGAAAUUUUUGACAUUAUGAAAAGCAAAUCGCUCACUGCGACGAGAGACUUUGAAGUCAAAGACAGUUACAAAAAUGUCAUUUAUGCCACACGAGCUGUGCCAGGAACAAUGGCUUGGUUCGAUGUGAUCAAACCGGGAGUCUCAGAUAAGUCGCAAAUAGCAGAAGGUGACGAGGAGGCAGAAGAAGACACGGAAACAACUGGUGAAGCCAAAGAAGAAGACAAAGAGGAAAAGGAAGAAACCCCAGCUACAGCAACGGAGGGAGAUGAGAGUAGUAAAGAAGAGUUCUUGUUGAGAGUCCAAGUAGAUUGGAAUAGGCGAUCAUGGACGAUUUACACUCUUACCCCAGUUUUCCCUGGUCAGCUGCCUGCGACCCUCCCCAUUCGAAAAGGAUUGGACGAAGGCUGCGAGCUGUACAAAUCGUGCUGUAUCACACUCUCAUGGAGCAAAGCAUUCGCCGUUGUGGCACGAUAUGGACCACCUAAAGCACGAGACUUUUUGCAAGAUGAUGAAGAAGAGGACGAACAGAAACAAAACGGAGCAGUUGAUGGGGGAGAUCAUAGUGACAGUUCUCAUUCCCUAGGAGAAGAUGACUUGUUCGCAAAGGCAGAGUCUAUUGCAGCCAAGGAGCGCAAGAAACAUAAUGUUGAUGAGGGUGUUGUGAAACAUAAUCAAUCGCAAACAUUUCACCAAUCGCAGAACUCCUUGACUUCAGCUGCAUCGAAAGGAGGAGACGAGCACACCGGUGUCAUGGACACUUUUGCAAAGUCCAUCAAGACAUAUAUAGAACCAGCUUUGUUGGAGCACCCUAAAAUCCAUCUAACGCCAGAAGAAAAACAGCGGUAUGCCUUGGAAGGAGUUGUCAACCUAGAUGCACCUUUGUUGCAAUGCCAAACCGUCUUGGGCCAGAAGAAGAACUAUCAGACCCGAGUGAUUGACAAAGAAGAAACAGUCAAACUCUGGGUGCUAGAUGAUACGUGGAAUAAAGAACGUUUCCUGAAGCACGAAGACGAGGAUCCAACGCAAGGCUCAACGAGAAGUCCGCUGGGAAGAGCUGUCGCUUACGAACUAUCGCAAUUGGAGAAACCACACGAUGCGGAAGAAUUGAAAGAGUGGUUCUCAACCAAGUAUGUUGAUGAAGACCAGCGACACAUGGUGAAGGAUGAUAUGAAGAAGGAUAAUGGAGAAUCCUCAUCUGCAGGAAAACGAACCAGCUUACUAGAGGUUGGAAAGUCGUGGUUUUCGUUCCGGGCACCACCCAAGAGUGAUGGUGAUGAAAGUGUUGCCACGCAGGAAGAGUCCGGCGAGAUCACGGUUCCAGGAGACAAGACUGAGGCAGAGACUGCUACGGAAGAAGCAAACGUAGAAGCUGACGCGGAAGAAUCAGCCAAAGCAAAGGUUUACGGUAGCAAUCAUGGAGUUUUGGAAUUUGACGACAGUCCAGAUAGAAAAGAACCAUUGGUUUCGUAUUGGCGUUGGAAAAACACAUAUACGACACAUAAAAUGCAAAUGCAUUUGGCCAAAAACUCGGAUCUUGCGCUACAUACCGUUCUGUCCAUUGUGCUGAAUAUUUGGUGA